AUCCUGAAGCAUCAGACUGCAUUCAUCUUUCGAAUAUUUGACACACUGAGAUCCUAGUGGAAUUUAAGAUAUCUGAAGAACCAUGAAACUGUUCAUUGGAGCUCUUGCCCUUUUGGUGACACUCGCCAGCGCUGCACCACCCCUGAAUCAGAAGGAUGCUGACAGCCAAAUCGUGAGCCAAAACUCAGAUAUCCAACCGGAUGGAAGCUUCAACUAUGCCUUCGAGACGGGAAAUGGAAUCAAGGUUGAAGACCAAGGAACCAUCCGACAAGUGAAAGUCCCCAAAACAGAUGCAACAGGUCGAGCUAUCGGUGAAGAUGUGGUUCCCGUAUCGGUACAAACUGGAUCGUUCCAGUACACAGCUCCUGAUGGACAGAUUCUAACGAUCAAAUACAUUGCCGAUGAGAAUGGUUUCCAACCGCAAGGAGCUCAUCUUCCAGUAGCGCCAGUUGCGUAAGCUGAUUCAAGCUGAUGCCAAAAUCAUUUUUAGAGUGCUGUAAAUAAUUGUAAAUAAAUGUUUGUUUAGGCCGACGUA